AUGGAAAUUUAUCACAAAGAUGGCACGUUUCCUAGGUAUUGCGAUGCGGUACGGAAAUCGCUCGAUCCGAACAAAUUCAACGAGUUUGCCCAGCUGACCAGCAACGAGGAACGGUUCCGGUUUGUCAGCGGGUUACGUUCGAUCGUGGACGAGCUGCAGCUGAAGCGAGAGUACAAUGGGAAGGGUAUGGAACAGGCAGUGGCACUGAAAACGCUCGGCAAUAAGGCGUUUCAGGCGGAACGCUGGAAUGAGGCACUCGUGUUCUACAACAAGUGCUAUCUGUCCACACCGAAAGAAAAUGUUCAAGAAAAAUCCAUCAUACUGGCAAACAGGAGUGCCGCCUUGUACCAUUUGGAAAAGUAUGAUCUCGCGCUGAGAGAUAUUCAGCGUGCCCUGGACAAUCAGUAUCCCAGCCAGAUGAUGUACAAGCUAACGGAACGGAAGGCACGCUGCUAUCUCGCAAAGAAGGAUUACGAGGCUGCAUUGGAAUGCUUCAAAGCAACGGUCACAGCACUGGACGAUUCAAAUCUGCCCCUGGAGCGUAGGCAAAAGCUAGAAUGCGACGCACAGAUCAUGAUCAACGUGCUGCCAAAAAGCGUCGAAACAGAAGCGAAGAACAGGAAGAAGGCUUCCACCAAAGCUGCCCAGCUGGCUAGCCAGUCGGUAAAAGUGCCGGAACAUUUCGUCGAACAAGCACUGUGGUUCGAUGAGACGCCGGACGAGGGUCGGUUCGCGCGUACCAGCGCCGAUCUGAAACCGAACACGAUACUACUGCUGGAACGGCCGCACGUGUCCGCUUUGCUGGAGGACUACAGUUUGGAUCACUGUACGCACUGCCUCAAGCGUGUCUCGGUACCGAUCGCAUGUCCGCUGUGCGCCGACGUAGUGUUCUGUUCCGACGAGUGUGAGGCCAAGGCGAACGGUACCUACCACCGGUACGAGUGCGGUUUCCUCCCGAUACUGUGGGGCUCGGGUGCUUCCAUUACGUGCCACAUGGCGCUGCGCAUGAUCACGCAAAAGUCGGAGGAAUAUUUCGUGAAGCUGAAGCCGGAACUAACCGCACUGACGAAUGAGCAAAUCGAUAAGCUGCCGAUCGAUGACUAUCGCAAGGUGUACAAGCUAGUCACCCAUGAGUCAUCGCGGACGCCGGAAGAUUUCUUUCAGCGCACGCUUAUGGCGACCCUGCUGAACGUAUGCCUUACCCUGGGCGGGUAUGGAAGCUGUCCGCAGGAGCAACACUUCAUCGGUGGUCUGCUGGUGCACAAUCUGCAACUGUUGCAGUUCAACGCACACGAGGUGUCGGAGAUGAUACGCGAAACACCGGACGACAUCGGCAAUUCCACGUUCAUCGGUGGCGGUCUCUAUCCCACGCUGGCCCUUUUCAACCAUUCGUGCGACCCGGGCGUUACACGCUACUAUCGGGGCAACCAGGUGUGUGUGCGGACGGUCAAAAACAUCGCAGCUGGCGCGAUGGUGGCCGAAAACUAUGGACCCCUGUUUACGCAGGUACGUCGCGAUGAGCGGCGCGACACACUGCUCAACCAGUACCGUUUCACGUGUCAGUGUGUGCCGUGUGUGGAGAAUUGGCCACUGUUUACCGAGAUGGAUCCGAGCAUUAUACGGUUCCGAUGCGACGGUGGUAAGAUAUGCUCGAACGUGCUGAAAAUACCGGCCGCGGUAAACGAUUUCAUGGUGAAGUGUACCGAGUGUGGCGAGCAUACGAAUAUCAUGAAGGGAUUGAAAUCGCUCCAGGACACGGAUAUGCUUUUCAAAUCGGCCACACGGUUACAUUCGUCCGGUGAGUAUGAAGCGGCGCUGCGGAAGUACGUCGAAAUGAUGGAAACGAUGAGUGAGGUGCUGGUACCGCCGUACCGGGACUAUCAUCUGUGUCAGCAGGGGCUGCGCGCGUGUAUGCUGGAGUUUGGUAACCGUUUCACCAAGGCGGUAGCAAAAAAGUGAAGACAAACUGGCGCUCGGCGCUGGGGAAGACAAUUUGCUGUACG